AUGAACUUAAUUCAACUCAUGAUGAAGAGGAAAGAACUUAUUCCCUUGAUUGCAUUUGUGAGUCUUGCAGGAUUUGGAGCAACUGCCAUGUCCUUUUAUACCCUUGCCAAACCUGAUGUGAUCAUUAACAAGAGAAAUAAUCCAGAACCAUGGGAAAAUGUAAAUCCUAACCAUCCUCAAAAGCUUAUCACAAUUAAUCAAAAGUGGAGGCCUAUUGAAGAACUGCAGAAGGUCAGAAAAUUAACUAAGUGA